UGCCUGUCCCCGUGAGGUCGGCGUUGAGGCAAACCCGAACGCGACCGAGACCUGUGUUUACAUCCGAAGACGCCCUCGCAGCAGCAGGUGACGGCCCCCACACAAUAUCCCCAAGUUGUUACUCAUAUUUUUUUAUAAUGACAUUGUUAUAACAGGUCUUGAAAAAUGACAGACAUGAAUGACCAAACUGUAACCAACAAGAAAGAGCGGCGAGGCUCACCUUUAAUGAAGUUGUCUGCCUACGUGUCUGCUUUGCGUCCAUGGUCAUUUAGCGCCUCUUUAAUGCCAGUGCUGCUGGGAUGCACAUUGGCCCACAAGGCAACUGGAGAAUUUAGUGUUGUUGGACUUAUUACAACUGCACUUACAGCUUUGUCUGUUCAUGCUGCAGGCAAUGUGGUCAAUACCUAUUUCGAUUAUGUGAAGGGAAUAGAUAGCAAAAAAAGUGAUGACCGGACUUUAGUGGACCAGCUGCUCUCAAAAGACGAAAUUGUAACUCUUGGCGUGAUUCUUUACUCUGUAGGGUGUGGAGGAUUUGUGAUCUUGACAAUGGUGACUAAUGCUCGUCUAGAACAUCUAGCGCUUGUGUACUUUGGAGGUUUGUCAAGCUCAUUUUUAUAUACUGGUGGUGGUUAUAUAAGAUGUGUGUUGAUUCUUAUUCUCUUUGGUCCAAUGACUGUCCUCUUUUCAUAUAUGGUUCAGACUGGACAUGUUCAAUGGGGCACAAUACUAUAUGCUGUACCUCUGGCAUUAAACACAGAGGCAAUUCUUCAUUCAAAUAACACGAGAGAUCUAGAAUCUGAUCAGCGAGCCGGUAUUGUCACACUGGCUAUUCUCAUUGGUUCAACAGCAUCUGAAGUUUUGUAUGCUAUUUUCCUCUUCACUCCAUACACAAUUUUUGCUGUUUGGGGUAUGAAAUAUUCACCUUUACUAUUUCUACCUCUUAUUACAAUUCCUGAAGCAUUCAGACUGGAAAGACACUUUAGAACAGUCAGUAAAGGACCUAUACCAAAAUGGACAGCUAAGCUUAAUGUUUAUCUUGGUUUUCUUUAUGUUUUAGGAUGUGCUCUCUCAGAUUCAGCAAAAUUACCUUAUGUUCUGUAAAUGUAAACAGUAAUUAAGGGAUAGAAUCAGUGUUUCACUGCUAUUCUUCUGUAGAAUUUGCAGGUUGUAUCAUUUUAAGUAACUGGGCAUGGUCCUUGAAAUUUAUUAUUUAUUAUACUUUUAUACUGUUUGGAGAACUCAAGACUAGAAUUACUGUUUACUUUGUAGAGGAGGAGCAUCUUGAAACUCAGUGAAUUGUGUAAAGUAGGAAAGCCAAGGCUAAUGCAAAUGUGACAGAUUUUUCAGCAGAUAGACUUACUUUUGCUUAGGUACCAGAAUUUGCAUUAGCUUUGAACAAUUCAAAGUGUUGUUGGUAGAAGAAUGAAAGUUGUCAGUAACCAAUGAAGUGAGAUGAAUAUCAAAAAUAUAUAAAACUGCAUUUAUGUUCAAAACCAAAGGAAAAGGUAGAUGGUAGGUAUGUCAAAGUAAUGUCUUAGAUGAUAAAUUUAUUUGCUGAUCAAUUAAUGCACAUGAGCAAUUUUCAUUUCUAUAUUCAUUCACUGUUGUAAAUGUGUUGAGAUGUGUGAGCAGCCAUUUAUGAAGGAAUAAAAACAGAGUUCCUGUGUUGUCUUAGAGAUAUUGUAGCUUCCUUUGGAAGUUCACAUAUGAACUUCAAACAUUGAAUUGAAAUCUGAACACCUCAUACUAUAUUUAUUAAAUAAACUGUCUUGUUUUUUAUGUUUUCUUCCUCUCUCCUAAGAUGUAUACAAGUAUGCUUAUCUGUGGAAGCUCACACCUUGGUGUUCUUGGCUUUUCGUAAUUGAAAAAUUAUGUUUUUGAUAAGUAAGAUAUUGUUUCUUGUGAAUUAUGCUUACUGAUUACAUAACUAAAGCAAGUUGGUUAUGUUGCAGGUUUAUAAAAAAAAUAUCAGUCCUCUCUCCUAUAUUAAGUGACAUGUAUAUCACAUAGAUACUUUGGAUGCAGAUCAGCAUCAAUGUUGGUUUCAUAAGUUAUCAAUUCUACUGCAUCAAAUAUUGGAGGUUGAGACAUGCUAUGUUUAUAUUCCUAACUAAAAGUAUUGGAAAGUUAAUACAGAAUAUCUGAUAUUUAUAGAAGUGCUAUAAGAAAUAUGAUUUUGAAGUACUUGGUUGUGAUGCUUACUAAUACUAAGUAAUUAAGUUAUCGAUUGUACAUUAUUCUCAGACAUAUAUGCAUUUUCCUUGAUUUACUGUAUUGGCUUUGUAAAAACACUGUUUUUAGGAGUGUAGUUUUCUUAUGUGCAUUAUCAUUGCCAUCCAAAAUUAGUAUUUGAUACAGGAUAGAACUUUCAUGUACUGUUGAUGCACAUAUGGAAUCUAGAAGGCAUUGCGGAUGUAGCAUUGUUUAGCUGACACUUGGAAAAUGGACUAUGGCUUGCUCUCUUUUUGACUACUUUUGUAGCUAAUUAGAUACUUAACUGAUUACUUUAAGUUUAUUUCAGUGAGUCCGAAUGUGCCUGGGUUUGGCUACAGCUGUUAUUUUAAGGGUUAUGUGAUGUGAUGGAUGACCUUUGAAUACCGGUAGCUGUAAAUUAUAGAAGUAAAUGUAAGAGUGAGA